UUACUCAGGCAGUGUGAGUUAGCCAGCUGUAUAAUGAGGAAAAGGAAGUCUCCAGAAACCUGUUCUGGUGGCCCAGCAAUCAAACGGUAUGCACUUCUCGGGAGCUGAGAAGUCUCUAAUUAAAUUCAGGCACUGCGAGAGGUCCAUCUACACUUUCGGUGUACCCCAAUGCUGCCCUCUUUGCCAGGGGGACGUGGGCUCCACCAGGAUAGAGGACGCACCUAUCAGCAUCUCAGAUCCAUUCUCCAAUGGUCAUCAAGAGAAAUGCUCCUUCCUCCUCAAACCCACGAGAGGGACGUUCCUUAGGGAGUACGAUGGGAAGUCUGAUCUGCACGUGGGAGUCACUAACACACAUGGGGUCGUGUAUAAUUACAGUGCACGCGGCAUACAGCGGGACGAGGCAGGCUGGGAGUGUUGUCUCAGUGUUCCACUAGUGCAGCCUAGCAUGUUUGGACUGCUGGACCAGUGGGACAAGUACUUGGAAGACUUCUCCGCUUCUCCAGCCUGGCUGCCUCAUAGGUAUGAAGAGAAUCACCACAACUGCUCGAGCUUUGCCCUGGCCUUCAUUAACUGCAUCCUGGCCAUGGAGGGCCAAGAGCAGCUGGAGAAGAGCGAGUUCACGGAGAAGUACGUGAUCCCAAGGACGCGCCUGGCCGCCAAGUACAUCACGCUCUACAGGGCCAUCCAGGAGAGGGGCUUCCACGCGACUGACCAUCCCAGCCCGGGGACAAGCCCUGGUGAGCAGGCUGUAGCGAAUGCUGCAUGGGAGGGUCGCUGAGACAGGACAUUUGGGCUUGUGGCCUUUCGACGGUACUGCAGAUUUAUAACUGUACUUAGUGCGACUCGUUUCUAAAAAGUAUGUGGUUUUCCAUUAAGCUUAAUAUAUCAAAAUUAUAAAAUUAAGAAAAGUAAAUAAAAAUGUAUAAAACUAAUAAAA